ACGAUAUAUGUAUGUACCGGAGAAGAAAGAUUUGUGACGAGGAUUAAUUAAAUUAUACUAGAUUAGAUUCAUGGCUUAGUAUUCAAGUGGUGGAAUCUUGUUUUUAAUAUUGAUAAGAUAAUGGUCUAGCCGAUCGACCAUUUAGUUUUUCUGGUCAAUUCGAUAUUUUCCUAUGUAGUUGAACAAUUGUGUCAUAGGAUCGAUCGUUUUUCGUAAAGAUUGACUAUUAUUUUUCUUUGUAACGAUGCGAUUGUACCAUCUUGAUUCACCGCGUUUUGUUAGUGACGGUACUAAAAUCCUUAAUUACCAUAGUUGAUAUAUCAUUAUGAUUGGUAACACUUGUUAAUUUAGAAUUGCAUGGAAUCAUCAGCCCAUGUGGUCGAGGAACAUGGCCACGACCAGGACCAGCCGGCAGCCAGGCUACGAGCUUGGCCUGGAGAUGGAUGGAGCCGCCGGAGAAGGAGCCGCCUCUCCGCCGACGCCAAACUCUCCCUCGAUCAUCAUUGGCUAGCACACACCUGUGGACUGACUGGUCGCAGAGGUUUAAUUAUUACUUAAGGACAUUCAAUUCCAAAAGAACUUGCAUUGUAUAAAAAAUUGUAUAACAAAGAAUUCACCAUACAUACACAAUUCUCAUACAUAAUUGAGUAUAUGUAUGCCUGUACGUAGUAGUGUGCGUGCUCAUUACACUCUUGACACGAUUAUUGGAAUUCUCAAGUGACUGACGGUCCACCAGCUACAACGAUGCGAUCUUUUCUGAUCAUCAUCGUAGUGGUGUUUUACACUUAAAAUAGCGUACAUAUAUCUUGAAUCAUGUUGUUUCUUCUUCUUUUGUAUGUAGUGUAGGUUUGCAAAUCGGACAACGUAACCUGUCCAUCUUGUGACACAAAAUGCUGAGUCUUUCCUUUUCGCUCUCGGUUUCGUUGGGGGGAGGGGGAGUUUUGAGGAACCGAAAUAAAAUAUGCACGAAACUUGAGGGACCUAAAUGGAAAAUCUCAUCCCCAGAGCAUAUGUAAAUGUGGUAUCCUGGUAUGUACAUAUCCAACUCCACUAGCUUAGAUUCAAGAAGAAGAAGAAAAAAAGCGAAGUGGUAGCUGAUGCGGCCGGCCGGCCGGGCCGUUUUGGUUGGCCAACGUAUAUAACGUAGUAAGAGGGAAUAUUUCAUGAUGCAUGAGAGAAGACGACGUCGGCCGGCCGGCCUGAGUCAUCUGGAGUGAUCUGGUGGCCGGAUUCCAUCUCUGUUUUCUUUUUCUCCCGACCGACCCAUUUGGGCUCCUCAUUUUCCCAUAUGAUAUGAAAUGAAUUUCUUCUAUUCCUAAUGAUCUGUUUCCUUUUGGCAAACUGGUGGAUGCACUUUGCCCACAUCAACCCUUAACCAAAACUAACAACCGAUCGACGGUCCAAUAUUGCCACAUGAGGCCAGAAGCUCAGAUACGUCGCUUUUGUAUAGGUUAUAUAAUAUAUGUCAAUGAUUUGUUGGUCUCAAUUACUCGAGUUAUUGGAAGAUAUUCAAUUAUUGAGUAACACAUUUAAAUAAAAGUUGCUAAUAUGACUUGAAGUUAGCACUGAUCCGAAAUAUCAUAUGCUUAACAAGCAGUGUCGUCAGGAUUCGAGCAACUGACCUCUCGAUCAGGAAGAUUUUGAUAUAAUAUCAAUGACUCGAAUUACUGAAACUAAAGACUGAGUUGAGUUGGAUCAUUGAGAUUCAGACUACAUAUUGUCAUACCACUUUUAAUGCAUAUGUAUGCAUACAUUUUAAUCUCGGACUAAUUUUUUAAAGAAGAUGCGCUAUAUAUAUAAUCCUCCCACCUUAACAACAACAUUGAUCCGCGUCUCAAUCUAAUUCGUGGAGUUGGAGCAUAUAUAAAUGGGUUUUGCCAUGCGAUUUCGAUUUGCCAGAUUGAUUAUAGAUGUGAUGUGCCUCAGCUCAAUUUAUUCUUUGGAAUUUUGCCCAGAAAAAAAAAGGGAGGGAACCGUGAAAUGAAACAUAUGCAUUAUUAUGUUGAUGCGCGCUUACUUCUUGCUUUCUUUCUUUCUUUCACAUAUUCUCUGCACUACCACUACUACGUCUGCUGUAGCUACUAUUAUCCGAUUCCGAUCCUUAUAUGCAUACAAAGUUGAUGAGCUCAUCAACCUGAAGUUGCAGUUCCCCUGCCUGCCUAAUCCUCUCAUCAACUUUCCAACUAAAUAUUGCAUGUUUUUUUUAUUAUUAUCAAGUAUAUAUUCAACCAUCUAUGUAUGUGAAGAGUUGCAACCAUGCUUGUAAGGAACAAAAAAAAAAAAAAAAAUCAAAUCAAAGCUGAGCAUGUGAUGCAUGCCACCAUAGAUAUAGCUAGUUUGAUUCCUACUGUUGGUUACUGUAUAGUUUUGGCUUCAAACUGUUUUCUGUCAUGGAAGUGAAGCAGCGACAAUUAACAUCAUCAAUAUCCUGUCAAAAACGUACCCACACAAAAUUAUAUAUAUGCUUGCCAACCACUCAAAUCCUUGGAAAUUAGCAACACAUGAUCAUGAAAGGGCCAGCAUAUGGAACAAUGGAAUUAAAUUGACUAUGCUCUCAAUGGGAUUUGGGCAGAUCCCAUUUUUUAUCAAAGCAUCAAUCUCUGAUAGAUGGCACAUCCUGUCCAAUCAACAGAAAGAGAGACGGGAAUAAUCUCAAUAUGCCGCGAGAAUCAGUUCAUCCAUAUUACUCUCGAGUAUUGAAAAAUGUUCAAGUACGUGCCUCAUAUCAUUUCUUAUAUAUGCCUUUAUGAUUGAUAAAAGUCAACAUGCAUGAAUUUGAAGUUUGCACAGUAUCUUAUACCAUGUACAUAAUUAUAAAUCGAUCUCACUCUGUUGAAAAUUCGCUCUGUUACAAAUAUAUAUAUACCUUAUGUACGUUAAGGACUAGUUGGACCUAGUACCUAUAAAACUAUCAGGAAAAAGCCUUUCAUAUAUAUAUAUAUAUAUGAAUGCUAUUGUAACGGAACAACAAAAUCGACACUGCAAGACAAUAAAGAACACACAGAUUUUAUGUGGUUCACUAAAAUUAUAUGCGCUAACUAAUUCAUGAGCAGAAGAGAUCAAUUUCACUAUACUUGAGAAUAUACGGAUUACAACGAAACCUCGUAACUCACUUAAAGUCGCAACACCAACACCUCUUACAGUAGUAGUGUGGCAUGCUACCUGCCAUUGAACGACAGCAACUAAUCCACAGUUUCAUCUAAAGAUUGCAGAGUCAUGAGUAGUUUCGAUCAUUAUAAGUAUACCACCUAGCUUCCCACCAAUAAGUAAUCAUCGAUCAUCAAGUGCAUGGUGACAAUUUCCCAUUAAUUACUUUGCUUGAACUAUGUUUUGACUUGAUCGAUCGACAUGCCCCCGAUUCACCAGAGAACCCAUCUGACCAAUUAUGCACCAAAUCAAGAUAUUAUUGCCAAUAAUUAAUAAUAAUAAUUAAUAUAAACUAAAGUUGUGGCUAGCUCUACCCGUAUCUGUAAAUCAUGGGACUCCCCAUCAAGAUUUAUUAUUUGUUUUCUUUGUGUGGAGUAGUAUGAGUGGAUAAAAAUUUGAGGCUGUUAAUCAAAGUAAGAUUCACAUAAUUAGUUAACCUCCCAUUAGUCUCUCUCCAAACCUUCUUUUCCUCUCUCAUUGGUGUUUAAGAAUUUUUUAAAUUUUCCCACAGCAAAAUUGCUAUCCAUCUCAGCCUCAUAAUGUAACAUGCUUUAAUUAUUCUAGAUUUCCUUUGUAAUUUAGUUGGUUUUAUUUAUUAAUGGUGUACUAAAGCUACUUAAUACACUCAGAUACACGUAUGCCUAUCUAUAGCUAGACUAACUAACCCUGGUACUCUUUAACUUCAAGUUAAUUAUAUAUCUACUUGAGGUUAGCGACUUGUAAAAUUUGUAUGGUCAUGUACUCUUCACUUCAAGAUAAAAAGUAAAGAUAGAAAAAGGUGAAUCCAGAAAUACCAAGUGAAGUUUCAGAGUACGUACGUGCAUGUAUGAGUUUCAAUUUUAUAGACAUUCUCUCAAUAUGGAAGAAGGAUAAUCUAUUCGUAUAAAAGAAGAUAAAAACAAAAAUUGGAAAGUUUUGACACAUAAGGAAUGAUUUUGUGAUCUACAACUAGUCAUACCUCAUCGAUUUGCCAAGUCUUAAUAAAAUCAAAUGCAUGAUUUCAUUAUCUUAUAUGUUUCUGAUGCCUUGUUAAACCGCUUCAGCUGUUAUCUUCAUAAAAUAAAAUUUUCAUCACGUUGAACCUAUAUAUACCAAAGAUAAACAUCAUUUUGUAGUUGUAUUCAAACUUGUUACAACAAAACGAUUGGUUCACUUCACUCGCUAGCUCGUUAAUGUACUUAAAUAUCGUAUAUGUAUGGUGAUACAAAACUAUACCACUAGUAGUCUAGUACCAUGGUGGUAUCCACCUUUACAAUGAUGGUAUUAAAUUUUACCACAAUGAUAUAAUUUUGUAUCAUGUGAUGGUGAAUGUUCUCUUUAUUUGGACUGAAAAAACAACAAAAAUGAAUAAAGUUUGCCAAAAUAAUUAAGAAGAUUUUUUUAUGGGAUUCAUGAAUUAAGUAACGAUUAUCCAAAACCUAAUUUCGUGCCAGAAAUUAUGUCCUUGCUUGUUCCGCAUACAUGCAUGAUUUAGGGCAAAGUCUCAAUUAUUUGGCAACUAGGGUUUGUGGGAUCACUGCAAAUGGGGAAAACUUGCCUCACCUAUUUAACGUGCUCCGUCGAAUAAUACAGUUAUUCUAUCAAGCAAAAUACUCAAAAGGCAAAAUAUAAAGUGUAAUGCUAGAUGAGGUGUAUCUCACAAAUUUGUGUACAGACGAAAAAAAUAAUAUUUUGCUUUUAUGAGGCAAAAAUCCAAAAGAAUAAGAAAGCUGGAGGGCAGGUGUCCUUUGGAACUAAUUCAGUUUUGGGUGAUCUCCACUUUGUGUAUAUUUUUAGGCUUCUUGAUAAACCUCUACACAUGCUUUUCGAUGGAAUCCCUAUCAAAUAUACAGUGACCGUUCCCCUAGUUAAAAAAGAUCGGUAACAACAUUUGAUGGAUUGUUUUUAAUGAAUUUUAGAUCAUUCCAAAUGAAGGGGUUGGCCUCUGGCGCUAGCUAUUGGUUCGCAUAGAAUCAAACUGGCAUUUUAACGAGAUUAUAUCGAAUCGACUAUAAUAUGGUAGGAUUUUUGGUCGCAUUAAAUUUAUAAAAAUAAAAAAAUAGACCGAAAUAACAUUUGGACCGGUCCUUGGUCCUAACAUAUAUUUCAGUAUUGGAGCGCGGUUCUCAUGAGUUUGGUCCGGACCCGAACGAACCAGUGCACACCUCUAGCUACAAUACAAUUGGUAAUAUAUCCAUCACACCCUAAGUUCGGACCAUAGGACCAACAAUCCGCGAAUAAUAAUAUGAUGAUGAUGAUGAACAAUGGAAACAAUUAGGUUGGCUCUCAAAACUUAUUGGUCCAUUGAGCAUAAAUAAUCUUCUUUUCA